GAUCGUUCUCACCCCUCACCCCCCCCUCUCUCUCUCUCUCUCUUCGUCGACCCCUUUCUCUCUCCUCUCUCUUUCUCUUAGGGUUUUAAUCGCAUCGCUGGGGAUCCCCCUCUCUCUAUCUCUCUCAUUGCAUCGUCGACACCCUUUCUCUCUCAUAUCUCAUCACCUCUCUUUCUCUCUCUUAGGGUUUUACUUGCCUCUGUAGGGAUCAUCACUUCUCACCCGUGGAUUUAGAGAGAGAGAGAGAGAGAGAGGCGAUCCCACGGUAUAUUGCAGGGGAAAAGCGAGUGAUUUAUCGACUGUAUUUGUUUUAUAUGAGUAAAUCAAUAACCCUUUUGCUUGAAUCCAAGAGAAAAGUAUAUGGUACAUAACAAUAGAAACCCUUUACAAACUGGAGAAUCCUGCGGUUCUUCUUCGACCGUGCAAUGGGAGAUUUGGACUUUGUGGUUGGUCAACAGUUUCCUGAUGUCAAGGCUUUUCGAAAAGCUGUUAAAGAAGCUGCUAUCGCCCAGCACUUUGAGCUAAAGGUCAUAAAGAGCGACCUGAUUCGGUACUUCGCAAAGUGUGCCAAAGAGGGUUGCCCUUGGCGAAUCCGUGCUGUGAAACUCCCCAAUUCGCCAGCAUUCGCUAUAAGAAGCAUUGAUGGAACUCAUACUUGUGGGAAAAGUGCACAACAAGGCCACCACCAAGCAUCAGUGGACUGGAUCGUAAAUCUCAUAGAAAAUAGGCUGCGAGAUGAUAUAAAUUAUAAACCAAAGGAUAUAUUGGAAGAUAUUCAAAAGCAAUACGGGAUUACUAUACCAUACAAACAAGCUUGGCGAGCAAAAGAAAGGGGUUUGGCCGCUAUUUAUGGGUCGUCUGAAGAGGGGUAUUGCCUUCUCCCUUCAUUCUGCGAGCAAAUAAAGUUGAGUAAUCCCGGCAGUAUAGCCCAGGUUUAUACUACUGGAUCGGACCAUCGAUUCCAAAAGCUUUUCAUUUCAUUUAAUGCAUCGAUACAUGGGUUUAUAAACAGUUGUUUACCUAUUAUCAGUCUUGGCGCAAUGGAGUUAAAGAGCAAGUAUCUCGGGACAUUACUCUCUAUUACAUCAUUCGAUGCGGAUGGCGGACUAUUUCCUGUUGCAUUUGGUAUCGUCGAUCUUGAAACAGAUGAAAGCUGGUUGUGGUUUUUAUCUGAGUUUCACAACCUUCUAGAAAGAAGCAAUGAGACCAAAAUACCUAAACUUACAUUCUUAUCGAGCGGGGAGAAGGGUAUUAAUGAAGCUGUGAGAAGGAAGUUUCCCACUGCAAACCACGCUAUAUGCAUGCGCCACUUGACGGAUAGUAUCAAUAAGGAGUUCAAGAACUCGAGGCUGGUCCAGCUUCUCUGGAAAGCAGCUUGCUCGAUCACCACCGUAGGGUUUAGAGAACGGAUGGCUGAGAUUGAAGAGGUUUCCCCCGAUGCAGCUAAGAAGAUUCAGCUUUUUCCACCUAACCGUUGGGCGGUGGUUCACUUUGAAGGAUCAAGAUUUGGUCAUCUUUGUUCGAACACCGAAGAUUUCCAUCAGUGGAUACUCGACGCUCGCGAGCUUCCCAUCCUUCAAGUGAUAGAAAGAAUCCACGCCAAAUUGAUGUCCGAAAUCGACGAACGACGGGAAAAGAUCGCGAAUUGGACGAGCGUGUUGGCCCCGUCGGCUGAAAAAAGGAUUUCUGAUGCCGUCGAAUUCGCUUGCGGAUACCAAGUUCUCCGCUCCGAUGAAUUUGAAUUCGAGGUCUUAUCCGCCGACCGGUCGGACAUUGUGAACAUCGGCAACCGCACUUGCUCCUGCCGCGAUUGGCAGCUGUACGGUAUACCGUGCUCGCACGCCGUCGCGGCAAUAGUGUACUGUCGGAAGGAUGUGUACGAUUACACGGAGAAGUGCUUUACGACGGAAAAGUACCGCGAGGCAUAUUCCCAGCCGCUGCACCCUAUUCCGGAGAGGGGCGAGUGGGGCAUACUGAAGGAGAGUCUAAACGAGGAGGAGAACCGAAUCGUUCGCCCGCCGAAGUUCCGUCGCCCGCCAGGGCGGCCGGAGAAGAAGCGGGCAUGCGCGGAGGAGGCGGGGCGGGUGAAACACACGGUGCACUGUAGCCGGUGCAACCAAACCGGGCACUACAAGAGAACAUGCAAGGCCGAUACAACCGCGCGAUUAGAUUAUUAGAUCUUAUAGUUGGAAUAUUGUUUCAUGAGAGCAAAUGCUUCACUUGAUUGUUGUAAAUUUAUUGACCUGUUUUUGAUAUUUUAAAUCUUAUUCGCAACCAGAAUCGCCUCCAUAGUUGAUUAUGUAUGGUUCUCAUUUCAGAGGGCAUUUUUCUUUUAAGAGGUCAAAAAAUCGGAACACUAAUUUCUUUUACUAUUGAGGCUUAGUUUGGUA